AUGCCCAAAACGUGGAACAGCGAAGCCGAACGCAAGCUGCUUGUCGGCAUUCUAGCGCAGGUUGAUCGCGUUGAUUAUCCAACUCUGGCUGCACAUAUGGGGGAUGGAUUUUCUGUUGCUGCCCUAAGGCAACAGAUAUGCAAGCUCCGCAGAGAAGCCGGUAUCCCUGCAAAUAGCGUUGGAAGAGCUCGUGUUCAAGCCCAGGGUGGCACUCCCAGAAAAUCCAAGCAGUCUGCAUGCAAAGACACUCCCAUCGAACGAGCCAAAAGACCGUAUUGUUUCAUCGAUGAUGACAAUGACGAAGAUAAGGAUUUGCACAAGGAUGUCAAGCCAAUUAUCAAAGAGGAGGACGACAAGACGCCGAAGAUCGAGCCUUUUGUUGUCGAACUCGUUGAUUAA